AUGUCCAACACACAGGUACAAAACGAACUCAGAUUCGAAAAAAAUAAUUAUGCGAAAAAGUACGAAGAUAAGCCUCACUCGAAAAAGUACGAAGAAAGGCCUCACUCGAAAAAGUACGAAGAUAGGCCUCACUCGAAAAAGUACGAAGAUAGGCCUCACUCGAAAAAGUACGAAGAUAAGCCUCACUCAAAAAAGUACGAAGAAAGGCCUCACUCAAAAAAGUACGGCGAUAGGCCUCACUCGAAAAAAGACGAAGAUAGGCCUCAUUCGAAAAAGUACGAAGAAAGGCCUCACUCAAAAAAGUACGAAGAUAUGCCUCACUCGAAAAAAGACGAAGAUAUGCCUCACUCGAAAAAAGACGAAGAUAGGCCUCAUUCGAAAAAGUCCGACGAUAGGCCUCACUCGAAAAAGUACGAAUAUAUGCCUCACUCGAAAAAGUACGAAGAAAGGCCUCACACAAAAAAGUACGAAGAUAGGCCUCACUCGAAAAAGUACGACGAUAGGCCUCACUCAAAAAAGUACGAAUAUAUGCCUCACUCGAAAAAGUACGAAUAUAUGCCUCACUCGAAAAAGUACGGCGAUAGGCCUCACUCGAAAAAAGACGAAGAUAUGCCUCACUCAAAAAAGUACGAAGAUAUGCCUCACUCAAAAAAGUACGAAGAUAUGCCUCACUCGAAAAAGUACGAACAUAUGCCUCACUCAAAAAAGUACGAAGAUAUGCCUCACUCGAAAAAGUACGAAGAUAGGCCUCACUCAAAAAAGUACGAAGAUAGGCCUCACUCAAAAAAGUACGAAGAUAUGCCUCACUCAAAAAAGUACGAAUAUAUGCCUCACUCAAAAAAGUACGAAGAUAGGCCUCACUCAAAAAAGUACGAAGAUAGGCCUCACUCAAAAAAGUACGAAUAUAUGCCUCACUCAAAAAAGUACGAAGAUAUGCCUCACUCAAAAAAGUACGAAUAUAAGCCUCACUCAAAAAAGUACGACGAUAGGCCUCACUCGAAAAAGUACGGCGAUAGGCCUCACUCGAAAAAGUACGAAUAUAUGCCUCACUCGAAAAAGUACGAAGAAAGGCCUCACACAAAAAAGUACGAAGAUAAGCCUCACUCAAAAAAGUACGACGAUAGGCCUCACUCAAAAAAGUACGACGAUAUGCCUCACUCGAAAAAGUACGGCGAUAGGCCUCACUCGAAAAAGUACGGCGAUAGGCCUCACUCGAAAAAGUACGAAUAUAUGCCUCACUCAAAAAAGUACGACGAUAGGCCUCACUCAAAAAAGUACGACGAUAUGCCUCACUCAAAAAAGUACGACGAUAGGCCUCACUCAAAAAAGUACGACGAUAUGCCUCACUCAAAAAAGUACGAAGAUAUGCCUCACUCGAAAAAGUACGACGAUAGGCCUCACUCGAAAAAGUACGACGAUAUGCCUCACUCGAAAAAGUACGAAGAUAUGCCUCACUCGAAAAAAGACGAAGAUAUGCCUCACUCGAAAAAGUACGAAGAUAUGCCUCACUCAAAAAAGUACGAAGAUAUGCCUCACUCAAAAAAGUACGAAGAUAUGCCUCACUCAAAAAAGUACGAAGAUAUGCCUCACUCAAAAAAGUACGGCGAUAGGCCUCAUUCGAAAAAGUACGAAGAUAGGCCUCACUCAAAAAAGUACGACGAUAUGCCUCACUCGAAAAAGUACGAAUAUAUGCCUCACUCAAAAAAGUACGAAGAUAUGCCUCACUCGAAAAAAUACGAAUAUAUGCCUCACUCGAAAAAGUAUGCCUACAUGCCUAACUCUGUCUGCAGUUAA